CCCCGAUAUUUUUUUACUCGCCGGCUGUGACUGUUGAGAUGAACCGCGCGAGGAGGGAGUCGCCCGGCCACCGAGACAGCAACCAUGAGGCCAAUUGAUCUCGCCGGCCGGUCAGGCGCUGCCCUGAAGCGCGCAUUCCACGCGCAGCAGCUGCAGCUGCUACGCCGAGCGGCGAGCACGCGACUCUACUCGACCGGCCCGCUGCUGCCGCCGACAUACGAGCGGCUCUACAACAAGUACGCCGAAGUCCGCCGGGUGCUGGGGGCGCAGCGGCUGACGCUGGCCGAGAAGAUACUGUACAGCCACCUGGACAACGUCGAGGAGUCGCUGCUCUCCAACACCAACAAUGGCCGCGACGUGCGCGGCACCGCCAUCCUCAAGCUGCGGCCCGACCGCGUCAACAUGCAGGACGCCUCCGCCCAGACCGCCCUGCUGCAGUUCAUGACCUGCAACCUGCCGCAGACCGCCAUCCCCGCGAGCAUCCACUGCGACCAUCUGAUCGUCGGCGAACGCGGUGCCGACGACGACCUCUCGGCCGGCAUCCGGGCGAACCAGGAGGUGUUUGACUUCCUCGAGUCGGCCGCUCGGAAAUACGGCAUCGAUUUCUGGCCGCCCGGCGCCGGCAUCAUCCACCAGAGCGUGCUCGAGACAUACGCCCUGCCGGGCCUGAUGAUGCUCGGCACCGACAGCCACUCGCCGAACGCGGGCGGUAUGUGCACCAUCACCAUCGGCGUGGGCGGUGCCGACGCCGUCGAGGCCCUCGUCGGCGCGCCCUGGGAGCUGAAGGCGCCCAAGAUACUGGGAGUCAAGCUGACGGGCAAGCUCAACGACUGGGUGGCGCCCAAGGACCUGAUCCUGCACCUCGCCGGCCUGUUGACCGUCCGCGGCGGCACCGGUUUCAUUAUCGAGUACUUCGGCCCGGGCGUCGAGUCUCUGAGCUUGACGGGCAUGGCGACGGUCUGCAACAUGGGUGCCGAAGUGGGCGCCACCACGUCCAUCUUCCCCUACACCGAGGCAUCGGCCCGGUACCUGAAGGCGACCCGGCGAGAGCAGGCCGCCAGGAACGCCGCGCUCUUGCAGAGCUUCCCGGGCGCCGGCGCCGGCGCGUCCGAGGACGCCUUCUUCCGCUUCCGCGCCGACGAGGGCGCCCAGUACGACGAGCUGAUCGAGAUUGACCUCUCGAAGCUCGAGCCGCACAUCAACGGGCCCUUCACGCCGGACCUCGCGACGCCGCUGUCGCAGUUCAAGAAGACGGUGCAGGAGCAGCAGUGGCCCGAGAAGCUCUCCGCCGGCCUGAUCGGCAGCUGCACCAACAGCUCGUACGAGGACAUGACGCGCGUCGAGAGCAUCGUCCGCGCGGCCGAGGAGGCCGGCCUGAAGCCCAAGGCGGACUUCUACAUCACGCCGGGCAGCGAGCAGAUCCGCGCGACGCUCGAGAGAGACGGGACGCUGGACACCUUCACCGCCGCCGGCGGCAUCGUGCUAUCCAACGCCUGCGGGCCCUGCAUCGGCCAGUGGAAGCGCCAGGACGGCGUGCAGAAGGGCACGCCGAACGCCAUCCUGUCGUCGUACAACCGCAACUUCCGCGGCCGCAACGACGGCAACCCCGAGACCAUGAACUUCCUCGCCUCGCCCGAGAUCGUCACCGCCAUGGCCUACGCCGGCUCCACCACCUUCAACCCCGUAACGGACGCGCUCACCACGCCGGACGGCAAGGAGUUCCGCUUCCCGGCCCCGCGCGGGCUCGAGGGCCCGCAGACGCCCUUCGAGACCGGCCGGCCGGCCUUCGCGGUCACGUCGCAGCCGCCCGACCCGACGGUCGAGGUGGCCAUCUCGCCCUCCUCGGAGCGGCUCGCCCUGCUCGAGCCGUUCGACCCCUUCCCGGCCUCGGACCUGACCGGCCUGCGCGUGCUCGUCAAGGUGGCCGGCAAGUGCACCACCGACACCAUCUCGGCCGCCGGCCCGUGGCUGGCCUACAAGGGCCACCUGCCCAACAUCAGCGCCAACACGCUGCAGACGGCCGUCAACGCCGAGACGGGCGAGGUCAACGCCGCCUACGACCACCUCGCCGGCGGCGCCCGCACCACCAUCCCCGAGCUGGCCCGCCGCUGGCGCGACCGCCGCGUGCCCUGGCUCGUCGUCGCCGAGCACAACUACGGCGAGGGCUCCGCCCGCGAGCACGCCGCCCUGCAGCCGCGCUACCUGGGCGCCCGCCUCGUGCUGUGCAAGAGCUUCGCCCGCAUCCACGAGACGAACCUCAAGAAGCAGGGCAUCGUGCCGCUCACCUUCGCCGACCAGGCCGACUACGACCGGAUCGGCGCCGGCGACGAGGUCGCUACCGUCGGCCUGUACGACAUGCUGCGCAAUGGCGGCCAGGGCGAGGUCAGCCUGCGCGUCACCAAGAGGGGCUCCGGCGAGGAGAUUGUCAUUCCUGUGAGGCACACCGUCAGUCGCGACCAGGCUAGGUUCAUCCUCGCUGGGAGCGCGCUGAAUUUGUUGGCCAGGGGUGGGUGAUUGAUCUACUGAUCUAGUGGAGGACGGAGGACGGGGUGGGAUGGAUGGGAGUUGGAAUAGACCUACCUAGACGAUGGAAUUGGCAGGCCAUGUGGUAUACCCGGUGCUGCUACGAAAGUGGGAUGUACGGAAGCGGGAUUGUGAAGUAAUGAGCCUUCUAUUUGGCUUUGUUCAUGGAUUUUUCACUCUAAUGACCAGCAGCCCAGCGUUAAGCAGUAGUGGAUUUUUCAAAUCUCUUAGUACCCUAGCUGUCUGCCAAUAGCUUGCAGUCUAACCAAGCCAACUUCUUCUGCCAA